AUCCUGAUCAAUUGGUUCCAGAUGAAAAUCACCUACCUUGCUUCUAAAGAUGAGGGACUUUGGUACUGACACAUGUGCCCAUGUCAGCAAGCGGCGGAUUUGGCUUCAGGGCCUCGGUACCGUAGCUUAUGCAGGUACGGACACAGCUCCGCUCCAAGUCCAAUCCCUGGCAAGAAUUGAGGCCAACCUUGACGGUCUAGGCCAAAAUUAGCUGCCAAUCCAAUAC